AUGGGUCGACUCCAUCGGGUAGUUGCCUUCUCCGCAAGAACUCGGCUAGGUAGGUCUCAAGAUGGUGUCUUCCCGUUCCUCGGUGACGCUUGUUCGUCCACUUUGCUGAUCGCCACAAACGUUCGACAUUGUGAGACACAAUAUUUCCAGGAACCAUUCAAAGACAGUAGUACCAGUGCUUCCAGCAUUUCCCUGGCACUUUAUUCUGGACUUUUCUCCUACUCGGGAUGGAAUUAUUUGAAUUUUGUAACUGAAGAACUGAAAAAUCCUUACAGAAAUCUACCAUUGGCCAUCUAUAUCUCCAUUCCUUUGGUCACUAUUUUGUAUGUCUUGGCAAAUGCAUCUUACUUCACACUGAUUUCGCCCUUUGAGAUGUUGACCUCAAAUGCUGUGGCUGUGACUUUUGGUAACAAAAUUUUUGGUGUUAUGGCUUGGAUUAUUCCUGUUUUUGUGGCUCUCUCGACGUUUGGCGGUGUUAAUGGACUGCUCUUCACUUCAGGAAGAUUGUUCUUUGUUGGCGGUCGAGAGGGUCACUUGCCAGAAAUUUUGGCAAUGAUUCAUGUCCAAAAGUUUACACCCUUACCAGCCAUUUUAUUCACAUUUAAUCUCAUAAUUCCUGUGACUUUCUUGGUAUUUGUCAUUUUUCUCCUUAUUGUACCAAUGGUGGCCGUUCCCAGGGAAACCGGAAUAGGUCUUCUCAUCACCUGCUCAGGAAUACCUGUCUAUUACAUCGGCAUCGUCUGGAAGUCCAAACCGAAAUCAUUCUUAACAAUGAUGAGUAUAUAUCUAAAAUGUUUUUUCUUUCUUUCUUCCUCUCUUUUUAUCACUCCCUUUUAUUCCUCCCCUCUUUUCACUCACAACUUUUUAAUCCUUUUCUUUUUCCUCCUUUCCUUUUUUUCACAUCCCUUUCACUUCAGGAGUUGCUACUCCUCUUUAUUUUCCUCCUACUAUUACUAUUCUCUUUUUCUUACUUCUCCUCUCUUCACCUUACUGCCCCCACUUUAUUUUCCUCCUACUACUACUAUUCUCUUUAUCUUCUCUUUCUUUCUCAUCUCUUAUUCUUAUUGCUCCUCCUCAUUAUUUUCCUCUUACUAUUACUAUUCUCUUUCUCUUACUUCUCUUCCUUCUCCUUUCUUCAUCUUAUUGCUCCUCCUCAUUAUUUUUUUCCUACGACUACUAUUCUCUUUAUCUUACUUCUCUUCUAUUUCCUCUCUUCAUCUUACUGCUCCCCUCUUUAUUUUCCUCCUACUACUACUAUUCACUUUAUCUUCUUUCUUUUCCUUCUUCUUUUUUUCAUCUUACUGCUCCACAUAUUUAGUUUCCUCCUACUCCUACAAUUCACUUUAUCUCCCUUCUCCUCAUUUUAUCUUACUGCUCCUCCUAUUUAUUUUCCUCCUACUACUAUUCACUUUUCCUUCCUUCUCUUCCUUCUCCUUUUUUCAUCUUACUACUCCUCUUCUUUAUUUUUCUUCUUCUCCUACUACAAUUCUCUUUAUCUUACUUUCUUAA